GUGAAUAUCAGAGCUCUCAAUCUGACGUAACAACUACUCUAAUGGAUAAUAUGGCGUCUUCAAGGUCCAACAAGAAGAGAAAGAGCUCCGUCAACAUUCUAGAUGUUCGUCAGGUUUCGGAGCUGCAUGCCGUUGAAUCCUUUCGCCAAGUUUUGAUUAUUCACCAAUUGCUUCCUCAAAAAUAUGAUGAUUACCACAUCAUGCUAAGAUAUGCAUACAUAUUACAGAUUUCUAAAGGCAAGGAAGUUUGAUAUUGAAAAGGCAAAGAAGAUGUGGAGGGAUAUGGUGGAAUGGAGAAGGGAGUUUGGAGCUGAUAGCAUCAUGGAGGAUUUUGAAUUCAAAGAGUUAAAUGAAGUAGUGAAGUAUUAUCCACACGGCCAUCACGGUGUGAAUAAGGAGGGAAGACCUGUUUACAUUGAGAGACUCGGAAAUGUUGAUCCAAACAAACUCAUGCAAGUCACAACUCUCGAUAGAUAUCUCAGGUAUCACGUUUACGAGUUUGAGAAAGCUUUUGCAAUCAAGUUUCCUGCUUGCACCAUUGCUGCUAACACCCACAUAGAUUCAAGCACUGCCAUCUUGGAUGUUCACGGCCUCGUAUGUUCCUUUUAUGAUCUGACAUUCACUGCUUAUUACCAUCCUCAUAAUAAACAUGAGACUUUCAAUAAUUAUCAGGGCCUUAAGAAUCUUACCAAGCCUGCACGAGACCUCAUUACACGAUUGCUCAAGAUUGAUGCUGAUUAUUAUCCUGAGACACUAUGCCAAAUGUUUAUUAUAAAUGCUGGCCCUGGAUUUAGGCUGUUAUGGAACACUAUCAAGUCUUUUCUUGAUCCCAAAACAACUUCAAAGAUUCAAGUUCUUGGAAACAAGUACAAGAGCAAAUUACUUGAAGUAAUUGAUGCCAGCGAAUUGCCAGAAUUUCUAGGGGGGACCUGCAGUUGUGUUGAGCAUGGAGGUUGCCUUAAAUCAGAUAAAGGCCCUUGGAGAAACCCUGAUAUAUUGAAGAUGAUUUUCAAUGGAGAAGCACAAUUGGCAAGACAAGUAGUCAAGGUUAUAAAUAGUGAAGAUAAAGUCAUUACAUAUGCCAAAGCCAAAACUCGACCUCCAUUGCAUGUAAAAGGCAACGAUACAACCAUAGUUGAAUCAAGCUCAGAGGGUGAAGAUAUAACUUGUCCAAAUGCCAUGAAUAACUGCUACUCGAACCUUAGUUUGAAACCUGUUCAUGAAGAAGCUAAGGUAGCUGGGACGUCAAGCCAUGGCAUAAAUAACUUGUCUGGGUAUGAUGAAUGCAUUAUUCCAAUGGUGGACAAACUUGUGGAUGCAGUUUCGAAAAAUCCAUCUCAAACUAAAAUUUGGGAUACAGGUAGAGGUACAGAUGGAGCUCCAGAAAGGAAUGAAGCUCAGAUUUGGAUAGAGCUAAUAACUGUGUUGUUGUUUACUCUAUUUACUUGCUUCCGUUCAAUUGCACUCCGUUUGAACAAGAGACUUCCCCAUAUAUCAUCAUCUAAUAAUAAUGUUGAUCAUAGUGGUUUAGAGUCCACUCUUCAUGCAACAAACAAGGAGGUUCCUAUUACACCAUCAAGUUCCACAGAUACAAAGGAAAAUGUUCUUCCUUCCAUGUUGGAGAGGACAUGUGAGCUUGAAGACAAGGUUGAGAUGCCUCGUGACAGAGAAGAAUCUUUAAAUGCUGCUGUCUCCAACGUGGAUACAUUGGAAGCAGAGUUAAGUGCUACUAAAAAGGCUCUGGAUGAAGCGUUAAUGAGGCAACAAGAGUUGCUUGAUUACAUUGAUCGUCAAGUUGAAGCCAAGUUUCAGAAAAAGAAGUUUUGUUGGUGCUGAUAGAAAGAGACGUUCCGCCAAACCAGAUGCUUCUUUGAGCACACUUGUUUAAGCAUAUAAGGAGUGUUUGACCUUGCACAUGAUAUAAAUCUAUGUAUACUACUCUUAGUUACCACUUAUUUUAGUUCCAGUGUACCAUGGAGUAAAUAAUAAAAAAUGCAUGGCUUCAGAUAUAUGUA